UCAGGUCUGAAGCUGGUCCAGUGCAGUCAUGGGGGUAGCUCUGGAGCAGUUCUUCAUUUUUGUAGGGCUGCUGGUGUGCCUGGUGUACCUGGUGAAGUGUGUGAGAUUCUCCAAAUGUAUUUUUCUGCACUUCUGGAAAGUUUUGCCAAGGUCUUUCUUGAAGUCAAUGGGACAAUGGGCAGUGAUCACUGGAGCGGGAGAUGGGAUUGGGAAAGCUUAUUCCUUUGAGCUAGCAAGACAAGGACUCAAUGUUGUGCUUAUCAGCCGGACACUGAAAAAACUACAGGCCAUUGCUGCGGAGAUUGAGUGUACCACAGGGAGUAGCGUGAAGAUUAUACAAGCAGAUUUUACCAAAGACAACAUCUAUGAGCAUAUUAGAGAAAAACUUGAAGGCUUAGAAAUUGGAAUUUUAGUCAACAAUGUCGGAAUGCUUCCAAACCUUCUCCCGAGCCACUUCCUUGAUACACCAGAUGAAAUCCAGAAUCUCAUCCACUGUAACAUCACCUCAGUAGUGAAGAUGACACAGCUAAUUCUGAAACGCAUGGAAUCAAGGCAGAAAGGUCUCAUCUUGAACAUUUCUUCUGGGGUGGCCCUCUUUCCCUGGCCACUCUACUCCACGUAUUCGGCUUCCAAGGCUUUUGUGUGUACAUUUUCCAAAGCCCUGCAAGCGGAAUAUAAAAGGAAAGGAAUCAUUAUCCAGGUGCUGACCCCCUAUGCUGUUUCGACCCCAAUGACAAAGUAUCUAAACACCAACAUGGUAACCAAGACUGCUGAUGAGUUUGUUAAAGAAUCACUGAAUUAUGUCAUGAUUGGAGACGAAACCUGUGGCUGCCUCAUCCACGAAAUCUUGCGGAGCUUCCUGAACCUGAUCCCAUCCUGGGUUUUGUACAGCAGCACAUUCCAGAAGAAAUACAUGGACUACCUCAAGCACAAUACCAACACCAUAUAGUCCAAGUGGGCUGAUGCUCCAUCCAGCAUUGUUCUCCAAGUUCCGUGUUGGCUGCAGAAAACUUAUGAGCAGACCAGCACCUGCCACUCCUCUGAAGCUGGAGAUGCUGUGUCACGAAUACAGUACUGAAAAUACAACUUUUUUUUUUCCAUUUUA